AUGGGUAAUUGUUGUGCUACUCCUACUAACACUCCGGCUAAGCCUAAAGGUAGGCACAGGAAGAAGACUAAUAAAGUUUCUAACAAGGAUGGCAGGAACUAUGUGAAUGGUAUUGGUAGCAAGCUUCAGGUGUUGAAAGAUCCAACUGGUCAUGACAUUUUGGCUCAUUAUGAUCUUGGUCGUGAGCUUGGCCGAGGUGAAUUUGGUGUAACGUAUUUAUGCACGGAUACUAAUACAGGCGAAAAGUUUGCUUGUAAAUCUAUAUCAAAGAAGAAACUUAGGACUGCUAUUGAUAUUGAGGACGUGCGAAGAGAGGUUCAGAUCAUGAAGCUUUUGCCUGAGCAUUCGAAUAUUGUUUCGCUGAAGGAUACUUAUGAGGACGAUCAGGCAGUUCAUAUUGUGAUGAAACUGUGCGAGGGCGGGGAGUUGUUUGACCGUAUUGUUGCAAGGGGACAUUACACAGAGCGUGCAGCGGCUGUUGUUAUGCGGACAAUCGUUGAAGUCGUUCAGGUUUGUCAUAAACAUGGAGUGAUGCAUCGUGAUCUCAAACCAGAGAAUUUUCUUUUCGAAAAUAAGAAGGAAUCGUCCCCAUUGAAGGCAAUUGAUUUUGGACUGUCUAUCACUUUUAAACCAGGUGAACAAUUCAAUGAAAUAGUAGGAAGUCCUUAUUACAUGGCCCCAGAGGUCCUGAAAAGGAACUAUGGUCCAGAAGUUGAUGUUUGGAGUGCCGGGGUUAUCCUCUAUAUUUUACUCUGUGGCAUCCCACCCUUUUGGGCAGAAACUGAACAGGGUGUAGCACAGGCAAUUAUUCGCUCGGUCAUUGAUUUCAGGAGAGACCCAUGGCCAAAAGUCUCUGAAAAUGCGAAGGAUCUUGUAAGAAAAAUGCUCGAUCCUGAUCCCAGGCGACGCCUUACUGCCCAGGAAGUUCUAGCCCACCCAUGGUUACAAAAUGCUAAGAGGGCUCCAAAUGUUCCAUUAGGCGAGACAGUGAAAGCAAGGCUCAAGCAAUUUUCUGUCAUGAACAAGUUCAAGAAACGAGCUCUAAGGGUGAUCGCCGAGCAUUUGUCGGUGGAGGAAGUUGCUGGCAUAAAGGAGGCAUUCGAUAUGAUGGACGUCGAGAAGAGGGGCAAGAUAAAUCUGGAGGAGCUGAAAAGUGGAUUGCAAAAGCUUGGACAACAUAUUCCAGAAACAGAUCUUCAGAUACUAAUGGAAGCUGCUGGAAUGCAUGAUGACGGAACUCUAAACUACGGAGAGUUUGUUGCAGUUUCAAUCCAUCUCAGAAGAAUGGCAAAUGACGAGCACCUACAUAAAGCUUUUGCAUUCUUUGAUCAAAAUCAGAGUGGUUUCAUCGAGAUUGACGAGCUUCAUGCUGUGCUAAACGAUGAAGACGAAACGGAUAGCGAGGAUGUCAUCAGUGCCAUAAUGCACGACGUUGACACCGAUAAGGACGGGUGCAUAAGCUAUGAAGAAUUUGUAGCGAUGAUGAAGGCGGGAACCGAUUGGAGAAAAGCAUCGAGACAAUAUUCACGAGAAAGAUUCAACAAUCUGAGCUUAAAGUUGUUCAGAGAAGGAUCAUUGAAUCUUAUUAGUAGCUAAGGUAGAGAUGAAGGGUGUGAAAGGAUGAACUCAUUCAACUGAUAUUUGAAGAAUGCAAGAAAGAAUAUACAAAUAUAUUUAUGUUGGGUUUUCUGCUAUUCUUUUUUUAUGGUAAUUAUUAAUAUUAUUACACUAUCAUUUGAUAAUAUCGAGAAUUUCCCAUUUUGAGCUUCCA